AUGUCCUCAGAACCAUCUCUUUGCACUGCCUGUAAGGGCCUUGUCCAUCGUUUGGCCACCGAGCCUAGGACUGAGCCCGAGGACUACGCCGUGGUAGCUGAAAGCUUCCUCAAACUCGAAGACUCUUGCGCGGCCGGAUGCCCACUAUGCAGACUUAUCCGACAAAAGCUUGUGCAUGACGCAUUCACGACCACCAAAAGCUUUCAGGACUUUCGCUCUGUCUCUGCGCCGAUUCAUGUCGAGUUUGAUGAAAAUACGAUCUGGGUGUACUCACCGGCCCAAGAUGAACUUGGUUACACGGUACAGGCUACUUUGUACCGCAGGCCAGAAGAAAAAUCCGAUGAUGGUGUGGACGAUUUCCGUCUGAAUCCUAAAAGGGAGAUUGAUGAUACGGAAAACGGCAUGAUACACUCGCUUCAGAACGAUGAGGGGCUGGAAGCCGUGGCUGCUAUAGCGCGUGAUUGGAUAUCGAACUGCUUGAACCGUCACAUGCGCUGCUCUAUGCUUGCUACCUUGGAUCAGUCCGGUCACCGUGCUGUGCCAAUACUCCCUACCCGGGUGAUCGAUGUGGGAGGUAAACCAGGGGCUCCAAAGCCUCGACUGGUAGUCCAGGACGGCACUCCGAUCCAAGCGGAAUACUUUACGUUGAGUUACAGUUGGGGUGGUGGAGUAGCAGCCGGGACAAAACUGACUCCAAGUAAUCUCGAGACCAUGCAGCAAGGGAUCGAUAUGGCAAGCCUCCCCAAGACCAUCCAAGACGCCAUCAUCUUUACAAAGAAAAUGGGUCUGGUACGUUACCUAUGGGUUGAUGCUCUCUGUAUAAUUCAGCAAAGCAACGAUGCCUCAGACGACCAUACUCAUAAAGCAGAUUGGGCGUUGGAAUGUGCCAACUUUGGCCGGUAUUACACCGGCUCCUUGUGCACGCUGGCCGCCACGGGCUCAUUGUCAUCAGACGAGGGCUUGUUCUUGGACAGACCGGGCCUCGACUACCCGGCAAACACCUACACAAUACAGCGUCACACCCAAACUGGUCAGCCGGAGUCAUUGGUGAUUGAACCAUCGCUCCCCAGCUGGAUCUCGUGCAUCAGUAAGGGGCCCUUGACAUCGCGUGGGUGGGCCAUGCAGGAACGCGCCAUGUCACCGAGAAUUCUUCACUUCACAGUACAUGCCGUUUUCUGGGAGUGUGCCGAGCUCAGCGCCAAUGAAUUUCAAACAGAAAAGUUGAGCAACCGCAUUGGAUGGCCACGUCUUCCGGGUGAGGAACUCCUCAGCCAGCGUUGGCUAUCAGAGCAAUCAGCCGAACAGCAGCUCCACAACUCCUGGUACGAUUUGGCUGUUUUUUACUCUGGUUGCCAGUUCACCUUUCCUUCCGACCGGCUUCCAGCACUUUCUGGCAUGGCAAAGAAAGUCUGGGCCAUGUGUGCUGAAGGUCCCGAGGCGAACCUUUGUUUACAGCAACCCAAGUACUAUGCUGGGUUAUGGGAAGGCACUAUCCAGCGCGCCAUUGCAUGGUACAGCGUUUGGCGUGUCAACCGUACUCUCAGAUACACGCAUCGUUUACACCAAAGAGACGGAUAUAUUGCCCCCUCCUGGUCCUGGGCUUGCCUUCGGGAUGACCACCUGCAAGUUCGCUUUGCCCAAAGCCAUCAGCCUGGCUUUGCUGUGUACGAUGACGAGGGCCCACGUAAGAUAUGUACAGAGUGGAAGUUUCCACUUGAAAUCAUGGACAUCAAGGUUGAACAUACUGGGCCUGAUCCAAUGGGAGGCGUGAGCUAUGGACAGCUCCGGGUCAACGGAAUGUUAGCCCGUGUAAAUGGGGUUGAAAGGGAGAUGACUCCCUCUGAUCGCGGCCAUAUUUUUGAAUUUUUCAGGACAAGUAGCUCGGGCGAAGAGCACAAGCUUCGGAUACAUCUCGACAGUCUGGUCGACCGCCAUGCCGACGGUGAAAUAUACAUUUUCCCAUACAAACACUUUCACUGUUUGUUGGUUGCGUUUGCGGACGAGGACACGUCGGGCGACGAAGACUUGAAGUUGGUCGGCACUCAACGCGUCACGACAGCAGCAUUGGCACUGCGAGCCACGGGAAUCACCACGGAUGGUGUUGAGGAAUAUACUAGAAUAGGGUUGGUGUUUGCCGAGAGGGAAGUGUUAUUCGGAGAGGCGGUCAAGACAGUGGUGGAUAUUGUUUAA